AUGGCCUCCGUCCAAGGCCAGGCCCUAGACCCCAGUCCAUCGUCUACCGAGAAAGCACAGCCUCGAUCACUCCUAAGCAACGCCGAAGUUAUGGGAAAUACCUUCAUCUUCAUUCUCGCCGGACACGAAACAACCACUAACUCAAUCCACUUCUCCGCCCUCCACCUAGCCAUGAACCCCGCCUCCCAAGUCAGCUUACACAAAGACAUCGAUGAGAAUUUCGGCACCGGAGAUCCCGACGAAUGGAACUACGAAGAAGCUAUCAACAAGCUCUUCAGCGGCAUGGUCGGCGCGACCUUUAACGAGCUCCUCCGCAUCAUGCCCCCGGUAAUCAACAUUCCGAAAUCCGUAACCCAGACCCAAGAUCAAGUGAUCACCUCAGGCAGCCAGGAAUACACCCUCCCCAAGGGCACCUACAUCAGCCUGAACGUUAUCGGCGUCCAACGUAACCCCAAUCACUGGCCGACAAAGCCCAGCAAGCGCACGAACAAGUGCAACGACCUCGACGACUUUAUACCCGAGCGGUGGCUCAGGUGCGACGCGAAAGCAGAUACGAGAAAUCCCGAUGACUCGGGAGACGAGGGCGACAAUGAUCUUGGCGCUUAUACGGGUACAUCUAACGCUACGAAUCUGUUUCGUCCUGUUAGGGGGUCUUUUAUUCCAUUCUCGGAAGGCACGCGCUCGUGUCUCGGUCGCCAUAUCGCUCGGACUGAGGUGGCGGCUGUCCUCGCGACCAUCUUUCAGCGAUACACAAUACAAUACAAUACAAUACAAUUUAUUACGCCCGGCGGCUUGUUUUGGCCGAAAGGGCACUCAUCACUAAUGCAUACGUACAUUGCCUAA